UGCGUUACCUUUUCAGCUAUGCUGUACAGAACCUCGUCCAUCUUCAUACAAGUAGGGUCCCAGUCGUGUCCAAACCGAAUGACGACCACGCGGUCUUCUUCCGAGAGGAUGGCCUGAUCCACUUGCCAGCCAUUGUGCAGCAGAGGCCCCAAAUUGAAGAUUAAAUGAUUGAAAAUGCCAUAUUCCAAAUAAAGAAGGCAGACCAGCUUUUUCCAGAUUUUGCAGAGGAGGCCACGGGCGAUCAGGACCUACCUGGAGUUUUGGUGUCUGGACUUGAAGGACAGUAUGGUAUAUGUGAAGAUCAUGCUGGAGACCUGCAGAAACGCUUUAAUCUCAUUACCAUGCAAGAAUUUUUGGAAAAUAAAACACAGCUGGGUCCAAAGACCCCAGCCGUGUACGUCUGGGACGGAAGGCCGGCCGUUAGCCAGGAGCUGCACACCCCGCCCUGCUUGAAGAUCGUCGCUGGCGUAGGGGCGGGGCCGGACCACCUGGACCCGGGACUCGUUGCCAGCUUUGGUGUGAAGGCGGCCAACACGCCACACGCCAUUUCCAACCCCACGGCAGACCUGGGGAUGGCCUUGCUGCUGGCCGCAGCUCGGAGAGUCGUGGAAGGCCAUCAUUUGGCUAUUUCGCCACAUACGGAGAACUUUUCUACAAACUGGAUGGGUUAAGAAGUGACAGGGACCACUCUGGGAAUUAUCGGCGUGGGGAGCAUUGGCUGUAAGAUCGCUCAGAGGGCCAGAGCAUUUGAAAUGGAGAUUCUCUACCACAGUAGGAAACGCAGAAAAUCGGAGGAGGAGGAAGCCAUUGGGGCCACUUGCUGUGAGAGGCUGGAUGACCUGCUUCAGCGAUCGGACUUUGUGAUGUUGGCUGUGAGUCUGACGCCCCAGGCCCGGGGCCUGAUCGGGAGGCGCGAGCUGAGUGCGAUGGAACCCACUGCUACUCUCAACACCGGCAGCGGUCUGUUAGUUGAUCAAGACGCCCUGGUGGAAGCCCUUCAGACCGGGGUCAUUAAAGCAGCAGCACUGGAUGUGACGUACCCAGAACCCCUGCCCAAAGAUCAUACUUUGUUGGAGUUGAGGAACGUCACUCUGACACCUCACAUUGGAAGUGCAACUCAUCAAGCAAGACGACAGACAAUGGAAAAUUUGGUUGAAAGCAUCCUGGCUUCUCUCAAUGGCCUUCCUAUUCCUAAUGAAGUGCUAUUUAAAUGAUUUAUGUGGGCUGAGAAUUCAAUGGGAUGAAAACAUGGCAGAUUAAAUGGACAAAAAACACUUACUUUGUAUGUUAAGAGUCCAUUACAUAGAUUGAAUUAAUACUACUUAGAGGAAAAACUUAAGGAAUAGUAAUCAUAGUUACCACCCGUUGAGAGUUUGUUAAAUUCUUUCCUUACACUCUCACUUCAUCCUCAAGGCAGCUGUAUGAGGGAAGUUAUGUUGUUACGAUUCGUAAUGAAACUGAGCACAGAGAAUUACUUGUCCAAAGUCCAAAAGCCUGCACUAGGUCUACGGAUUUCCCAGUGAGCUAUGUUGCUUUCGAUCCUGAUAAAUUCUGAUACUUUAUUGGA